AUGGCUUACAUCCCACCGCACAAGCGGCAUUCAAAGGAAACGGAGAGGCCGUUGCCAACUCCGGAGCUACUUGCUCCUCAAUUCAAGAAAAAUUUGAAUUUGCGAUCAUCUAUAUCUAAUGCGGAUUUGGAUGGAAAGGUAAUUUAUGCAAACCAUGCUAGAUCGAGAUGGUGCAUCAUUGGUUUGGAUGAUGAGAACCAGUUUCCAUCCUCUGUUAAUCUUGAGCCCAUUUCCUGGGAAACCACUGAGAGGAGAACUGGAGAAAAGCCUCUAGCUUUAAUCAAUACUAGUCUAGAUAAGGAAGGUAGUGAGGUGAAAUGGUACUUGCCAAAGAACCCUUGGGUAUCGUUAGCAGAAAAUGUGCUGGAAGACCUACUUUCUUCUUUUGAAAAUGUGAAGAAUGAUAUGAAGUGCCCAAAGCUUGAACAAGUAAAGCCAUCGUUGGUUGCUAGAGUGGGAAAAGUACUUUUUCAGAGGAGCCCUUCAGUUAACAUGGAAUCUAUCAGAAAUAAUUUGGAUACUGAAAUCUUGAAACAGUGGAAGAGGUCAUUUUACACGAAUCUUCCUGUUUCAUAUAAGGAAAACAUUCUAAAGGAAGUUGUCCCAAACAUUGGAGUUGAUUUUGAAGAGGAGAAGGAUGUAUACCAAGUAAAGUUAUCCGAUUCAACAAGACCAGAUUCAAUUCUCUCCUGCAAAUGUAGUGUAAUGAAAGAACAUGGAAAGCUACAACUUUACAAGAUUGAACUAAAUCAACUUCGUGACAUGGUCAUAGACAUAUCAUGCCCUAAUAAGUAUCUGGACCUGAGAGUGAUGCUAAGCACGAAGAGACCUGUAACAGCUCUGAGUGAUGAUGAGAUGCAAAGCAUUAGGGAUCUGAUUAAUUCUGCGGUUCUAGAUCCAGAUGUGAAGGGUGGGUUGAGAUGGCCGCUGGGGAAGGAGUCUUCUGGAGAUAGAUACAAAGUUGUUGGGAUUUGGCACGUAAUAGCUAAUAUGUAUACAAAUCCAUCAUUAAGACUGAAGGUAAGACAUGCUGAUCGAUUUGAUUUUAGGACCUCAACUGGGGAAGCUACCUGGGAGGUUAGUCUGAUGUUGAAAAAGGUCUUGUCAAAGUUACAGGAAGAGAAGGUUGAAGUCAGCUCGAUUUCUGAAAUUCUCGAGGAAAAUAUGAGGAUGAUAUGGGACAACUUCUUGUGCUCUGAACAUUUUCUAGUAUGA